UCUCUCAGCACCGUGAGGAGGAUAACGAGCCUGCGGUCCGGAGCGUCUGUCCAGAGUCUGUCAACCGACCGAGAGUCAACCGGGAACAUCCUCACCGGUUCUUCUCAACGUUUCUGCUCCAGCACCGACGGAACAAACGGGCUUUUUUUUUUUUCCCGUCGCCGCAGUUUGUUUAUCUUCCCGGAGCCGUCGGCUGGAGUUUGUCUCAGAUCUCCGUGGAUUAACGCAGGACUCCGCAGCGCCGUGACACCAACUUCACCGUGGAUUCUGCUUCUCCGGCAUCACUCGUGAAUAUCUGGUGCGACUGCUCGGAUUUUUUUUAGCUGAAGUGGGAAUUCAGAGAAGUCUGGCUGACAGCGGCGGACACUUGUUGAAAUUUUUACCGAGUGAACCUCUGGCUGUUGAGCCGCGCUAGUAGCGAGAUUUAGCUAACGAGGCUAACAACUUUAUCUAAACAGCAGCUUUAAAUAUUUUCCCACAAAUAAUCUUUAAUUCAUGUCCGAUAGGUGUUAACUGAUUAAUGUAACGGGGUUGCUAAAGUGUCAAACUUGUUGUUAUGGCUCUGACAGCGGCUUAGCUAUCUCGGCUAGCAGCUCCCCGUUCACCUCCAGCGUUAUGUUAGCAAUGACAGCUAACGUUAUGUCAACGUUAGAUUCAAACAAGUGGUUCGCUCGAAAUAUGAAGUUAUUUUCCACUGUUAGCUUCUCAUAACCGCCACUCUCCAACUUUAAAGUUAUCAAAGUUAGCUCGCAGAAACAUACAAAUCGUAAACCCUUCAUUUAGUCCGCUUCCUAUACCUAAUAACUUUUAUAAACGGCGGCUUUAACGUUAGCUUAGCCGCGCUAGCUCGGAGCUCGGAGCUCGGCUUGCAACAACAGUUGUGUCACUGCAGCGGGCAGCCGACCGGACUGUCAAUUAACUUCGGUUAACCAGGAAUGUGCGAUGUGGUUUUUAAAACUCUCAUGGGUUUGCUGCAACGUCCACUGAGACAGAAAUAGACUCCCAGCGCCGUCUUUUCACUUUUUCCCGAGUAGCUGAAGUUGUAAAACUGCGGCCCGCACAAUGUCCGGCUCCCCGGGCACAGGUGGCUCCAACCCCAGGAAGUUCAGCGAGAAGAUCGCGCUGCACAACCAGAAGCAAGCAGAGGAGACGCGGGCCUUUGAACAGCUCAUGACAGACCUCACUGUUUCCAGGGUGCAGUUUCAGAAGAUCCAGCAGCUUCGUUUGUCCCAGUCGAGGGCGCAGUACUACGGAGGCUCUCUCCCCAAUGUCAAUCAAAUCGGCAACACCAGCACUGAAUUUCAGGGCGGCUUCCCUUCAGGGUUGGACUCAGUAAGAGGAACCCGCCACCAUGGUCUGGUUGAGAGGGUCCACAGGGAUCGUAACCGCAUCAACUCUCCCCACCGCCGACCCAUCGACAAGCACGGACGGCAGAUGGAGAGCUCUCCGUAUGGAGCAGUGUACCUGUCUCCACCUCCGGACAACAACUGGAGAAGGGAACAGCAGCCAUGGACUGAGGAAAAACGGCCGGGGUUUAGAUUAAUAUCACAACUCAACAGAACCAACUCAGACUCGGCUCUCCAUACGAGCACUAUGAACCCGAACCCUCAGGACCCGUUCGGCAUGAACCAGCAGAUGGGUCGAGGUCCCCCACAGCGCAAUGGCUGGCAUGCAGCUAGUGUGAAUGAGGCAGAGGUGGAUGGCUCUGGAGAUGUCUUCUCCUUCCCCGCCUUGCCUAACGAGGAGAAUCUAAUAGGUGUCAGUAAGCCUCUUCCCAAGCAGCUGUGGGAGGCCAAGAAGGUCCAGUCUCUGGCAUCAAGGCCUAAAUCAUGUGAAGUGCCUGGAAUCAAUAUUUUCCCGUCUCCAGAGCAGAACCCUGGUCUGUCCCACUACCAGGGCUCGUUAAGUACCGGCGGCUCCCUGCCCGACCUCAGCAACCUGCAGUUCCCCUCACCGCUCUCCACCCCGCUGGACCCGGACGACAACGGAGGAUACCCCAACCUGAGCGGGGGCAGCAGCACCGGGAACCUGCCGGCCGCCAUGAUGCACCUGGGGAUCGGAAACUCACAGGGUCUCUCCUCCUCUUUGAGCAAUCCCUCAAUUCAGGCUUCCCUCAACAACUGCCAGCUGCAGUCCUCGCUCAGCAAUCCCUCCAUCAACUCAUCCCUCCGUCUGUCCAGCAACUCCCCUCGGCGACGGCCAGCUCCCAUCAGCCCCCUCACCCUGUCGCCUGGAGCCGAGCAGCGCCGAGGUCUGGCCAAGCAGCUGUCGCCCACAAUGUCGCCCUCACUGUCCCCCAUCACACAGGGAGUUGCUUUGGAUACCAGCAACAUGCCAAGGGAGCCGCCCCCGCCCUAUCCGCUCUACCAACAAUCCCAGCAUGCAGUGGACCAGGGCCGACAACGCCAGCAGCCACAACAGCAGCAACAGCAGCCCGUUUCCCCUCUUCACAGCAUCCCGCUGGACUUCAACACCAGCCAACACAACAACAUGGCAGCACUCUUCAGCGACACCUUUAUGGAGCCACAGUAUUCUAAUCGCCAGACCAAAACCCUUCCCUAUCAGUUGGAUCAGUUCAGUCUGUUGGAAAACGCAAUGAGCUCCACAGUAGGGGGGUCCUGCUUCAAUCCUUCGUCCUCCUCCUCUUCCUCCUCGCUCUACUACUCCCAGGCUGCUCUGUCGGGGCUGGGAGGCAGCCAUGGCAGCCUGCAGGACCCGAUGCACAUGAGGGCCAACAUGCUGUACUCCAACUGCAGCGGAGGUCUGCCCAACAUCAUCCUCACUGAUGACUCCAACCCCAGUUUGUCCAAGGACAUCAGCAGUGCGCUCUCCACGGUGCCUGAAUGUUUUGACUCGGAGGGAGGCUUCCCAUUGGAGGACGAGCUGCGCAUCGAGCCCCUCAGCCUGGACGGUCUGAGCAUGCUCAGUGACCCUGACAUGGUGCUGCCGGACCCGUCGGUGGAGGAGACCUUCCGCAGCGACAGACUCUGAACGUAAAGAGCGUUUGAGGAAAGAAAACACACACAGAUUUGCGGUGUAUAGUGUACAAAUCUGAAUCUGCAUGCAAACGAUCUGUGUAGGGCCACUGUGCAUGCCACUGCCACUAAGAUUCAUUAAAUGUGAAAGACAGCAGCAGCAUGCGCACCGUCAUCCACACUUUUUUUUAAGAAGGAGACUCGUGAACAAACACUGUUUACACCGGCUUUGUGCGGCGUUGCCCUCGCGCAUGCUCGAGCUCGUGAUGUUGUUGUAAAAGAUGCAGUUUUAAACUCAGCACCAGGAUCCGAAGCGGCUCAGACUCUGCUGCUCCUCCAGACCGCUUCGAACCGCAAAGACUCGGAGGAGCGUCGAGGCGAUCCGGAGACGAGCCCAAGUCCUCCCGCUUGUUUCUCUCACCACCAGCUUGCAAACCCCCUCCCAUCCUUUCCCUCCCCUCCCCCCAAGCCAUGGCAACCUCAUCACCAUGGCUACCCACCAUAGCAACCCCAUCACCGCACUGAAGAGCAACAAAAAUGCCAACAUUAAGUUUCUUACAGCUCUUGAUAUACGAGUGGAGUCCAGAGCUGUUGCUGCAGCUGGAGUGCGUCGUGGUCAAACAUCUGGCAGUUUUCUUCAGGUGAAGUUAAAUCCAGAUGUGCCGCGACGGCUUCAGGUUCUCAAACAAUCAUGGUAGAAAUGAAGACUAGAGGGAUUUUUUUUUUUUCAAAUGUAUUUCUUUGCAUAAGGUGUCAGAUUAUUUUUAAAGUGUUUGCCACAGAUUUAUAAAUAUAAAUAUAUAUAUUUACAUAUAUAAGCCUCAAUUUCAGUCUGAUUAGAAUGUAUUUUCAAAGUAGAGACAAAAAGGGCAAACUGUUUACAAAGAUUUUAAUAAGUAAAUGCUACUAAAGAGUCUAGAUUUUUGAAUUUCAAAUUGAGAAUUCUAACGUGUUGAGUAAAUACUAUAUUUUUCCUUGCAAUUUGGACACAUCUCCACUUUCAGUCAGACAGGAGUCGGCUGUGAUUCUCUCUGGCAGGGCGCUGGGACAAACCAACGUCAAAAUCCGUUUAAAAAAACAACAAAAAAAGGAACUUUUUUUCGAUGUUUUCAGAAAAUACUUUAAUGUACAUUCAUUGCAUAUGAUUUAUUUUACAUUUUGUACUGACUUGUAAUGGCGCUUGUACUGUACUUUAAAUCUCGUCGUGAAUAAGGGCAUGCGCUGUGCUACUGUGGAUCUGUUAUGUCCUGUGUGUUUGCAGCUUUCUGUCCUUUUAUUUUGUUACAGCAGUACAGUAAAAACCCCCAACACCACCACUGUGGCUGCAGUGAGAGAUUCAGAGAGCAGGUAGUGAUCAGUGGACAUCGGACAUCAUGUAACGUUGCACUUAAUCUCUUUUGCACUAAUUGGUUCACAUUGUGUAGACGGAUAUUUUUGUUUUUUAUUACCUGAUAACCCAAAGAAGUUGAACGAAGCCAUCGCUAAGAAACUUUAUGUGACUAAAUAUUUGUAGUCGAUGCACAUAUGCGCAUUUCAAAACACGAGCAGCAGGUUUCUGAUUUUGAUGUGAUGUAAGAAAAACUGAUGGAAUUCAGUUUUCUGGGCUUUGAUAAUGUGUUUUUGUGAAGAGCAGUUGAUUAUGUAAUGACUCGGCCAUGGAGGGCAUUGAGUGCCCUCUAGUGUCUGUUUUUAAUAAAGUCAUAGAGCUAUUUUUUAAUACUAUGCAAUUCAAAGUGAAACCUGUUGAACAGGUGCAACUUGUACAUUAUGCAGCGGCUCGCAGGUUCAUUUUGUCACAAUGUGCGAGAUCAAAUUCGCUAGAAAUCACAAUAUUACAUGUGUCCAGUGUCCACAGUUGGAAGAGCGUCUGCGUCUAACUGACCAGCGGUCGCAGAACAAUAGUUCUGAGCGGUUUAAAGGAGCUCGUUUUAGCACUGUUUGUGUUGGUCAGAAGUGCAUGAAAGAGAUUCAGCAGUGUCAUCGUUUGUCAGAUAAAACCUGAACAGGGGUGCUGGGGUUCUUGUGAGGUUGUUUUAUGAGCUUAUAUUCAGUUUCUGCAGUUUUAAGACAGUGGGCGAGUCAUGUAGCCACGUAGCAGUUUAAUUUACUCACGUUUCUAAGUCUUUUUUUCUAUUCCCAACUCCUGCUGUCUAAACGCCUGCCUUCUGCUGCCUUACUUUGUUGUAUUUUCAUAUUCUAGCAGUAACCUGCAUCAGCUAGUAAUCCCUCCUCCCGUUAGCUUUAGCUCUCUGACCCUCCAUGGUUCUGUUCUGUCACUUAGCCCCACUGUUUAAUUUGUUUUUGGUGUCUUACUUUUUUAGUUGCAUAUUAAAAUGUACAGUUCUGUUAUUUAAAGAAUGUUUUUGUCCACUAGUGUUACUACUUUUUUUGUAAUGUCAUUUGAAUUUUUUUUCUCCCCAAGAUAUAAAAUUUUAUUGGUUUGUAACGUAUGUUAUAGUGCUUAUCUUUCUGAUUUAAUAUAAACAAUAAAACUCUAUACUGUA